UGGCAGCGGGACCCGCUCACCAGAGAGAGGCUGGAGUCCCGUCCUAUACUCCAACCCUGGGCCUGGGCGAACGAAACAGGAAACGAUAACGAAACUCGCAGAGAGGGCGGACAUGGCGGCGAGGAGCGAGAACGAGUCGGACGGCGACGUGGGCACCAACCCCGCCGAGGGGGGCUCGUCCCUGUCCCUGCCGCCUCUAGCUGCCGGUCCAGCCGUGUGCGUCCUCCGGUCCGCCGGGGACUUCGCCGGCGGCGCCUUCGUCGGAUCUAUCUUUGGAUAUGGACAAGGUUUGCUAUCUAAGAAGGGUUUGAAGGGCUCACUCGGCAAUGCAGGGUCUUCUGCCAAAAGUUUUGCAGUUCUUUCUGGCGUCCAGAGUUUGGUUUUGUGCUUGUUGAGGAAGCUGCGUGGGAAAGAUGAUAUCAUCAAUUCCGGCAUUGCUGGUUGUUGCACAGGUCUUGCUUUGAGUUUUCCAGGUACACCACAAGCGCUGCUUCAGAACUGCGCCACCUUCGCAGCAUUCUCAUGCAUCAUGGAGGGGCUCAACAAGCAGCAGACCGCGAUGGCGCACACCCUCACUGGGAACGCCUUGACCUUUGCACACGACAAUGGCGCGGGCGUCCUCCCCCCCUUCACUCUCCCCCCAAUCCUCGAUGCUUCCGAUGCUUUCGCCUCAUGCUGCCAGGCCUUGGUCGCCAAGCCUAAGAAGCACUAGACAGCAGCAUUAGGAGGGAGAGAGUGAGAUAUGCUCAGGAAACCUAGCUAGCUCCUAGCGUUAUGUAAAUUUUGCUUUUGGAUAAUGUCGAAAAUCUAGAUUGUUUGCUUUUUCAGCCGGGUGUUUUUUGUCGCCGCGUUUCGUGGCGUGGGCUUGCUUUGUUGAUGAUAUGUCAAGGAUAGAUUUUGUUUACCGGGAAGAUAAGAUGUCGUGGAAAAUUUUGCUUGA